UUAUUAAUCGAUAAUCAAAAUUAGGUGUGGAAUUGUCUCCGCUUGUGUUUGAAAAGCCUCCAGUCAUUUUGUAUGUGUAUAAUUGAUAUUAAACCUGAACGUCACCAGUUGGAAAAUUUUGUAAAUGGCACGCAUUUGAGGAUUGGAACGAUCAAUAAUUACCCUGAUAGUUGGGCGGAAAGGACUGAAAAUGGCACAUUUAUAGGCAGGGGAGUAGCAUUCGACUUGGUACAUAUAUUACAGAAGAAAUUCAAUUUCACUUACGAAGUUGUCGUUCCGGAAGGGAACAUUUUGCAUAGCGAUGACAGACCACAGGAAUCCCUCAUUGGGCUUCUUCACUCCAAACGUAUUGAUGUGGCAGCGGCAUUUAUUCCAAUUCUCAAGAACACAGAUAAAUUUGUUACAUUCUCAACGGUAAUUGAUGAGUCUAACUGGAUGAUGUUGCUAAGACGCCCAAAGGAAUCGGCGGCUGGUUCUGGACUUCUUGCACCUUUUGACGAAAAUGUUUGGUUACUAACCCUGGCAGCAGUUAUAAUAUAUGGACCGUGCUUGACACUGCUGACGAAGCUUCGUAGUAAGUUAAUGCCAGACGACGAGAAUUAUAUACGCCUAUCUCCGAGCUUUUGGUUCGUGUAUGGAGCUUUUAUUAAGCAGGGUACCUCGUUGUCUCCUUCUGCAAAUACAACCCGUGUUUUAUUUGCUACAUGGUGGCUGUUUAUAAUUUUAUUAUCAGCAUUCUAUACAGCAAAUUUGACUGCUUUUUUGACACUAUCGAAAUUCACUUUGGACAUAGAAACAGUUCAGGAUUUAUAUAAGAAAAACUAUCGAUGGAUUGCUCCAGAUGGUAGCGCUGUAGAAAAUACUGUCAAAAACCCGGAUGAAGAAAUACAUUUCCUACUAAAAACAGUUGCGUCCGGACGAGGUAGUUUCCUGUCAGUUAGAGAUCCUUCCUCGUUGCUUAAUUACGUAUCCGAAGGAGCGGUGUUAGUCCAUCCAAGCGUUUCUCUACAAUACCUUAUGUACAACGACUAUUUACAAAAAACCAGGCUGGGCGUGCCCGAAGCUGAAAGAUGCACGUACGUAGUUGCACCUGGUGUGUUCAUGACCAAAAGGAGAGCGUUUGCAUACCAACACAAGUCGAAAUUGAAAUCGCUAUUUAAUCCUGUUAUAAAGCGCGUAAUACAUUCGGGAAUUCUUUCGCACCUCUCUCAGCGUAACUUACCUGAUACUAAGAUCUGCCCUCUGGACUUACAAUCAAAAGACAGGCAGUUGAGAAACACAGAUCUCCUGAUGACAUAUUACAUUAUGAUGACGGGAUUAGCAGCUGCUGUUGCCGUCUUCCUUGCAGAAAUAUCCCUAAAACGCUACAUUCAUCCCAAAAGAGAUGCCAUACAGCCAAGGUUCCGUCAAAAGAGAUCACAAAAGAUUGAACCAGCUACAUUUGAUGACAGCCGUCCACCGCCUUACGAGUCUUUGUUUGGAAAAACCAAAGGAAAAUCGAAAAAGAAGAUUAUCAAUGGCAGGGAGUAUUGGGUUAUAAAGAAAGAGAAUGGAGAGACUAGACUCAUUCCUGUGAGGACGCCAUCAGCUCUAUUGUAUCGAUAAAUUGUCGGUUUAAAGUUGAUGCUAGUCUGUUAUUUAUACCAAUAAUAAUUUAUUAGAACACGAUAACACAAAACAAGAGAAAAAUAAGAUUAAAUAAAUGAAGAUAAAAGAUGUAAAUGGGCGGUCUUACUGCUAAAAAUAGUUUCUUACAGAAAUUUAUACCUCUUAUUAAAAAAAAUUGCUUUGUAUCGUGAGACCCUAAUAUCCUUUAAAAUUCCUUAUAUAACCUCCUACAGGAUUGAUGUAUAAAAAAUUAAGUAAAACUUACACACACUCUCUCUCAUGCACACACACACUACGUACUCCCAGACACAACAGUUUUUAUAUCACAUUUUGCUAGGGUAGGUCGUUCAUGGCAUUUUUCCUGAACAUUAUUUAGAUUUUUUACUUAAGGCUGCCUAAAUAAACAAAUUAAAAGAUUUUUUUAUAUGUUUUGCCUGGACACAUCAUGAUAUUUGUGGCAUAAGAGCUGUACCUCAUGAUUUUACUAGAGUUAUUCCCUAAUAUCUUACGUUAAGCGAAUGAACAAGUUUCUGCAUAAUUCGGGUUCUUUGGUAAAAUAUUAGUCUGGGUCUAUUUACAGUUAAGAAAAAAAUUCUCAAAGU